AAGUGUAGGCCGACAAGGUCUACGACGUCAGUAAAUUCGGGACGGUAUCGACAAAGCAGGCGCAGAGCUGCUCCGUGUCUCUUGUAUUGACGGAAGUACUGAGAGGUCGCAUCCAACACUUGUUUGGAACUGCUGAGCCACAAUGUUGGACGUUCUGAUUCUCACCAUAGCAUUUCUUAUUGCUAUGCUUAUAGCCGUAAAAUGGCUCUAUCCGAGCUCGAAGAAGGUCUCCACCAUAUCUGGCCUCGAUCCAUCAAGUAAAGAAGAAGGCAAUCUCAGUGAUAUUGCUCGUGCAGGCAGUCUGCAUGAGUUUCUUCUUGACUUACAUAGCCGGUUUGGAGACAUUGCUGGUUUCUGGUGGGGACAGACCUAUGUGGUCAGCAUUGCUUCACCUGAACUGUUCAAAGCCCAUGCCAAUGUAUUUGACAGACCUGCUGAGUUGUUUCUGUCCUUUAAAGUGUUGUCUGGUAGCAGUUCUUUGCAGUACGCUAAUGGUUCUGAAGGACGAAGAAGAAGAAAGGCUUACGACCGCCCGUUUUCUCAUGAAAAUCUCAAGAAAUAUUUUCCAGAAUUUCAAGAGAUUGCUGGAAUGGUGGAGAAGAAAUGGUCAACUAAAAGUGAGACAGACCACAUACCAGUCUGCGAGGACAUGGCAUCAUUUUCACUUCGCACCACUUUGUUGACUCUGAUGGGAGAUAGUUUCCAGGACGAGAAAUUGGUACAGACCAUCUGCAAUGCCUACACGACGGUUUGGGAUGAGAUGGAACGCCGCUUAACAGACCCAGCCCCUCUUGGUGAGAAUGGUGCAAGGCAAAAAUCAUUUACGGAAGCUCUCCAGUGCCUUAACGCGGUGGUGAAGAAUGUCGUAGACCACCGACAGAACAAAGUUAAGGACCAGCAGCUCCUGAUUGACGUCAUCCUACAGUCUACAACAGAAGAGGAUGUAGUGACUUCUGAUGUCAUAACAUAUUUGGUUGCGGCCUUUCACACAAGUGCCAACUUGUUGACAUGGGCGAUGUAUUUCCUGGCCACUCACCCUGACGUUCAGAGCAAGCUGCACUCGGAGAUUGUCCAAGUCUUGGGACAGAAAGACGUCGUCACAGAUUCCAGCUGUGGCGAGCUACGGUAUCUCCACCAGGUACUCCAGGAAACACUGCGGUGUGCUGUUAUAGCCCCGUGGGGCGCCCGGGUCCAGGACGUCGAUUCUGAGCUUGGUGGACACAAGGUUCUCAAGAAUACUCCAGUGAUUCACGGGUUUGGUGUUGUCAUGCAGAAUGAAAAGCUGUGGCCCUUUCCACAAAGGUUUGAUCCUGAUCGCUUCAGUAUUGAAAAUAGCAAGGAUCACCCACCGUAUGCAUUUUCUCCGUUUGGAUUUGCUGGCAAGAGAAUUUGCCCUGGUUAUAAAUUCGCAUACAAAGAAGCCACUGUUUUGAUAGCCACUCUUAUCAGGAAGUUUGAGGUGAGCAUGUGGGAUGACCAGGUGGUGAAGCCUGUCUUUGGUUUAGUCACUCAUCCACAGGAGGAAAUCUGGCUCAAGGUGUCCAAAAGAAAAUGAUCAGGCCCGAAGUGAAAGUUCUGCUCACUGUGUACAGCUGGUGAUUUGGUGUUCACGUGAAGAGAAACAAAUGCCGUCUUUUCUUUCUUUGCUUAAAAUGUUCAAACGUUACUGUGAGACGAAUCUUCUCUAGUUAAUUAGGAUACAUGAAAUCAUCGAGACUUUGUUAACAAUGAGUAAAAUGUCAUCCGUUAUUGUAAACAUAUAAUAUGUGAACUAAAAGAUGUAUGCCAUUGCCAGUGCAAAGGACUGCUUGUGUACAGUACUGGUCUUUCUUAGUCUUAUUAGAGAGAUCUGCAAAUAAAUACUCUGCACAAUAAACGUUCUUGUUUUUUAUGUUUGAUAUCUCUUCACUCUUGAGUUGAAGUCACUUUCAGUGUGUUCCUUAACCAUCAGCCCAUGUGCAGCUAAUUGCUCUUCUGUGCUAUAGUUACUAUUGGUCCCAGGUUCGAUGCGAGUAGUAAAUCCUUCCAUCCUUCGGCGUCACACAAAGUUAUUCAACACAACUUGUUUGGUUCCCUUAUAAAGUAUAUAAAUAAUACGUAUCUCCUCUGCCUCCCCAAUCCAACCGGCGCCUGUGGUGUAGGGUUUAGACGCUCGCUUCGCAGUCGCACACAAGAGACUCAAGUUCGAUAUUCGAAUGGGAAGACAAUUUUUAAUGAGUAUAUCGUUCUUUCUGCUGGGAUGUUGUAUCCUCCUCAGCCCGGGUUGCCCCUGACAGGCAAGUUCGGAGACCCGCUUCCUAAAUUAUCUAAUUGUGU